AUGGAGGCCAUCUGGAUCUACCAAUUCUGGCUAAUUGUGAUCGGCGACUCCACGGUGGGCAAGUCCUGCCUCCUGCACCACUUUACUCAGGGCUGCUUUCCCAGGAUGCUGUCCACUGCCUGCGACCCCACAGUCAGCGUGGAUUUCUUCUCUCGCCUCCUGGAGAUUGAGCCUGGCAAGAGAAUCAAGCUGCAGCUAUGGGACACGGCCGGGCAGGAGAGGUUCAGAUCAAUAACUCGAUCUUAUUACCGCAACUCUGUUGGUGGAUUUCUGGUAUUUGAUAUCACAAACCGGAGAUCUUUUGAACAUGUACAAGAUUGGUUAGAAGAAGCCAAAAUGUAUGUGCAACCAUUUCGGAUUGUAUUUCUGUUAGUGGGACAUAAGUGUGACCUAGUGUCACAACGUCAAGUUUCAAGGGAAGAAGCUGAAAAAAUGUCAGCAGCCUAUGGUAUGAAGUAUAUAGAGACCUCAGCAAAAGAUGCUGCAAAUGUUGAAGAAUCUUUCACAAUUCUGACAGGAGAUAUAUAUGAACUUAUUAAAACAGGAGAAAUUUGUAUUCAAGAUGGCUGGGAAGGGGUUAAAAGUGGUUUUGUUCCAAAUAUUGUGCAUUCUUCAGAAGAAGCAGCCAAACCUAUGAAACAAUGUAUUUGCUGAAUUCAUAAGCAGCUCCAGAAUGAGUAUGAGUACAUCAGGUAUUUGUUUUAGGACAAAUACCAUCUUUAAGAGCAAAAUUAUAAUUAUGAAAGCAUAAAAAUCAUUGAUUUGCCUGAGUCACUAAUCAUUGUUUUUGCAUCCUUUUAUAAGAUAUUUAACUAUUAAGAUGAUAACAUAGUAAUAGUUAAAGCAGAAAAAUAUAAUUUU